UGCUUGUCUGCAUGCAAAUUAUUGCAAUAUGUCAUAUAUAUGUUUAUGUACAUAAAAUAUCUUCUUUGAAUGCUUGACAUUUUCUCUUGCAGUCAUGUGAGGUGGAAAAGUGCCCUUUUGUAAUCAUUAAGGACAUGUUUUAAAUACUGAUGACUGUUUUGGAGAUGUAUUUUAAUACUGCUACAAUCAUUGCUUUGUAGCAGCAGAUAUAUACUGAACAUGUGUUGUCUUGUCUCUCCUGGUCUGCAAUUCAGUUAUUUGCUUCCUUCCCUAUCUGAGAAGCUUUGGUAUUAUUUUAUCACUGUAUCAUUCAUUUGACUUGUUGGUUCUCAUUUCAAAUAAAUAUCACUUAAAAAGAAACCUGAUGUUUUGUAUGGCAGUGGUGAUACAUGAGGAUGUGAAUUUAUUUUCAUUAAGUCCAGGAAGAGUAAGUAAAUCCAGGCUGGAAGGGAGUAAAAAAUUGUUUUAUAUAUAAUUUUUCUAUCAAAAGAAAAGCAUUGUAACAACUACAUUUAUAGAAGGAAAAAAUAUUUUUUCUUUUAUUGCUAUACAGAGAGACAUAGGUCAUUUUUUGUUAGCUUUCUAAGCAUAGCUUUGGACCCAUUUGAACCACUUUGUUUUUUACUACUUAGUAGCUGUAAAGAUCAUCAUAGCAUCAUCUUUAUAAUCAUUGUAUCUGUGUCAUAGGAUUUUUAAAAUAUUUUUUUAAGAUGAAGUAUUGGAAAAUAAACUUCCUAAAACCUACAGACUAUAUUCUGCUGGAUUACAAAAAUGCUGUUGCUCUUUUCAGCUACUUGUUUUUUACAUUUCCUUACAGUUGAAAAUUCAUAUUGCAUAAGAGAAAAUAAUGUCAAGGAUAACAAUAACAUUUUUUCAUUAAAUUCUUAUGUACUGUCGUGAUUCCUACUCCCCUCACCCCUUCCCGGACCCCUGCCAUCCCUAAUAGGAUGAGAUCAUCCUCCAUAGGGAAAUGUGCAUUCUGCUUGAAAGAGGAUGGCAUCAUUGCAUUACCUAAACCAAGAUGAGGCAAUUCUUAGUCUGUUAGAAUCAGCAUCAUCCUCUAGAGAGCACUGCUGUUACCCUGACCGGUGCUUUAGAGCAGAAAACAUGCUACUGGUUAAAAUGUGCAUUUGACUGCCUAGCAACAAAAGACACCUCCUUGUGGAUGUCUUUUGUUGUUUAAACGAGUGCAGAUGACUUGGUGCCUUAAGGUGAUCAGAAAUUGAUGGAUAUUAAAGGUGAGUAACAGAUUCUAUUAUGAAGAUAAAGCAUGCGAAUUUCAAUUCCUAACGAGUUAUAACCAACCUUUCUAGACAAUCUCUCUAACUUCUGUAAAGUCUCUUAGACAAGCUCCAAUUGUGAUGAAGUAGAAUGCAGUGAGCUCUAACACUUCAUUAAACAGUUGAAACUGUAGGCUGCAAGCUAGGCUUGCAGAGGCUUCAGUAAGAAAUGUUUUUAUGAUUGGUAUUACAAAAUGUGUUUUACAUUUUUCAGAAGCAAAGUACUAUAGUUUAUUGUAAUUGUAGGUUUUGCUAGCUAAUUUUUCCAGUUUCAUUGUUUCUUUGGCAUUGGAUCAAUUACAGCAGUUUUAGUCAUAAUUUAAGAGCACUUAAAUGUUGCAGAUCUCUCUUAGUGUUUGCAGCAUGCUUUAACAUUUAUGCUGUAGAAGCACUCAGUACUUGCAGCCAGUUAGGUCUCCGGUUUGCUUUCUUAAGUCUGCUGCUGUUCACCAGUGCUAAUCUCACCAUUACUAAACCAGCUUACUAAAACCAGGGCCUAAAGGGAUGCAGCAGUUUGGUUGGAGCACAUCUGAUGUGAACUCAAGACAGCCUAGUGAUCCACUUACCCUACCUAGUUACUGCAAGAUCUGAUCUAUUGGCCGGAGUUGUUAGCUUGCCCUAUACUUUGGGUGAAUUUUUCUCCAAGUAGCUCUUGGUAGCCCAGGUUGGCUCACAUGAUGGAGAGGAGCUGACCACAGCUCAUGCAGGCACACAUUUACUGGUUUACACUCUGUGCUUCAUGUACUUGCAGUGCCGGCACUGCAGAUCUUUGCAGUGUCAAACAGCUGGGAUAAACACCUGGGGUUUUAGCAGAAGCUGAUUUCUGUGCUGAUAGGGCUACACUGCUGUCAGCACACCUGCUGGCAGGUUUCAAUGAUAGAGUUGGUACAUGAUAUGUGCUGUUUUUAUAUGGUGUAGUUGUUCAUUACUGUUGGUAGACAAAAGAACAAAUGAGGAAGGAAGUAAACCUUUUCCCUGUCUCUCCCAUUAAUCCAUUCACAGUGAAGGGUUUGGGUUGUGCUUUUGCACGUAGUUCAAAAAAGCUCCUUCUCCAGAAGAAGGAACAGCAUUGAGUUGCAUCAGAAUUGUGGGUCAGUCUGGUGGGAUGUUUUCCUACAAUUAAAAUUUUGCUCAAAAGUGUCAGGCUGAGACCUCAGGAAAGCUGGAAACCAAAGCCAAGGAUGAUUGUGGUAGGGAGAGGGUUGAAAAAAAAGCAGAGAAACUCCUGGAAACUGGGCUGUGCAGAAGCAGGAGAACUCCAGUGUUCUUGUCAAUGGAAGCCAUUCUUUCUGCUUCCCAGGGAUCAGAAGCUCUACUCUUCAGUUAGAGCUGGGUGGACACACCAGUUAUCACAUAAAUUAGAUUUUAUUGGCAGUGCACAAUUAUAAGGCAUAGGGUUGGAUCACUGUCAGGCCCCAGGUCAUAGGUAACCUUUGGAAGUGCUUGUCUUUUUUCCUCAUAGGGAAGUUUUAAUGAAUUAGACUUUGCAGUUAGGAUGAAUGAAUCCAGAUCAUGGUGCUAAGCAGGCAAGUUUGUCAUUGUUGCUUUAGUUCCUGCCCCAUGAUACUGUCUUUAAAGUAAAUUUCUAAAUUUCUAGAAUGUAUUUUAUACAUUUUAUUUCUAAAAUACUGAGCUCAUUUAAUACUUGUGCAAUUUGGUUUUCAGGAAGUUUCCUGUUUGCUGCAUUACAUAAUACAGUUCUCAAGUCUAGAAUAAUUUGGUGAGCAAGAUUUCUUAAUUACAUCGGUGCUCCAAUAUACAAAGAAAUAGUAUUCAGAAUAACCCUGAAGGUCUUUUGAAGUCACUAAAAACCUGAUAAUUGAAAGGCACAAUGGCAGACAUCAGAGAUGGACCACAUCUGGGGGGAGAUCUGACAGAUGCAAAAUCUGUUCCAGGUUUCAAAGGAAGGAACCUACCUGCUAGCAAGUCUAUGGACUCUGGAAUUCUGCCAGACUACAGUUACAGAAUGGAUUAUCCAGAAAUGGGGGAAUGUAUAAUAAUAAACAAUAAGAACUUCCACAGACAUACUGGGAUGCUACCCCGUUCGGGUACAGAUGCAGAUGCUGCAAGUGUCAGAGAGGUUUUCAUGAAAUUGGGAUAUAAAAUAAAGAUCAACAAUGAUCUUUCAUGUGAGGACAUUUUUAAACUAUUGAAAAAAGUUUCUGAAGAAGAUCACAGCAAGAGAAGCAGUUUUGUUUGCGUGUUGCUAAGCCAUGGUGAUGAAGGACUAAUCUAUGGUACAGAUGGCCCUCUUGAACUGAAAGCACUAACAAGCCUUUUCAGAGGUGACAGGUGCCGAAGUUUAGCAGGAAAACCCAAGCUCUUUUUCAUUCAGGCUUGUAGAGGGACCGAAUUAGAUUCCGGUAUUGAGACAGACAGUGGAUCAGAAGAAACAGUGUGUCAAAAAAUACCUGUAGAAGCAGACUUCCUGUAUGCAUAUUCUACAGCUCCAGGCUAUUACUCCUGGAGGAAUUCAGCUGAAGGCUCCUGGUUUAUUCAGUCACUGUGUAAAAUGCUGAAGGAACAUGCAAGGAAACUUGAACUCAUGCAGAUUCUAACUCGUGUAAAUCGCAGAGUGGCAGAGUAUGAGUCCUGCUCAACCCGACAAGAUUUUAAUGCAAAGAAACAGAUUCCAUGUAUUGUCUCUAUGCUCACCAAAGAAUUUUAUUUCCCUUCCUAAAAUAAUUUUGCAGUUCAUGUAUUUAUCUGCAAUUUAUAUGCAGUGUUAGUACAAGAUACCACUUUUGAUAACUGUUUACUACUGUGUGUGGCACAACGAACUAUCUCAAAGUUAGAUAUGUCCGUUAUUAGAAGUAUUUCAUAGUAUGGCUGUGUUAGAAAUGCAAACUUGAGUAACUGAAGCACAGGCAGAUUUCAAAGUAGUGCUCUGAGCAUCGCAAAAAAUUAGGAAGGGGAGCCUGAAGAGAGAUCACACCGUUUAUCAGAACUAUUUGGUGCUACAUUUCACUUUGCUGAAGGGGCAGAGAAAAACAGUUCUUGUAAAUAGUUUGGUUUCAUAUCUUACAAAGAAGAUUCAGAAUGUGAUACGUGUAUUAAUUAUGGUUAUAUAAUAGUGUUGUCACACAUUUCGUCUUAACUUAAGUUCUUGAAGUUUAGGUUAUAACUUAACCUAAACUAUUUUUAUAAUUUUGUGCAUAAGCUGUGGAAAACAGCCAUUUCGUUUUUUUACAUACAAGUAGGAAGCAUGUUUAGAAUAUAGUCAGUUUUUCCUGAUAAUUUUUUAACUUUAUGUAUGGAAUAUUAGAUAAAGCAAUUACAUCAAGCUGGUAGCUGUUUCAAAAUAAAUGUUGUAUUCUGACCUUGAAGCUGAGUGCCUAAGGGACCAGUCUUCCAAAAUCUCUUUUUCUGCAGCUCCCUAAAGGGUGGAGCUGUUUGGGCAUAUUUGGGGCUGUAUCAAUGCAAAACGAAGUCUGCAUUCUGAACAGUCUGUUUUCCUCUUUCUGGCCUUAAAUAAGAGUGUGUUUGCUCUGUGCUACAUGUUUAUCACAUGUAAUCUGUGUGAAAGCCUAGAUUUGUGGCACUGGAGAAAUUUAACUUCUUUAAUAUCAAUUUGAGUUACUUACAAAACUUUAGCUAAAAUAUGUUAACAAAUAGUUAAUUUCUUGACUCUGAAUGCUGUGAAACAGACUUCUACAAAGUUGUAAAAUGUUUCUGCUUAUGUUUCAGCUUGUAGCAGUCUCUUUAAGAUCAGAGGAAGACAGAAUACUAAAUGACUAUAGGGUGCUUGCAAAACCAGACUUGAAACUCUUCAAAUUGUGUAGCAUAAAAAAUGUUAGCAAAUUGAUGUUCACUUCCAGAGGCAUUUGGUACUCUUUUUUAAAUUAAAUACUGUUUCCUAAAUUGUA